AUGCUGCUAGCAAACGAGACUCAUCCGGGAGUCAAUCUUGCUCGCUUUGUCACUGUGGUAGAGCUUCUUGAGUCCUUCCGCGACGCUAUUGCCGAACAUCUCGAGGAGUACGAUCAAGGCAUCGAUAGACUUCAGACGGCCACUCUGGAGCCAGGUUCUGAUCUAUGCGGCAUGGACUGUCAUGAGGACCAUCGCCCACGCAAGCGGAUAUUCUGCGAUAUCCCUCCAAGGUUCAUGUCGUGUGAGCUACUCGUAGGAGAGCGCUGCGAGCUCGUGGAGCCGCCAUCGAAGGAGGAAAGGGAAGAAGAAAAACGACGUCUCUACGAACAAGAUGUGGACGAAGAGAUUGCAAGGGGAAUCGCAGAAUAUGAGUUGCUCGAAUCAAGAAAGGUGAAGGAGGAGACACCGCCGGUGAUCGUGCCAGACUUGUCACACGACAUGGAGUCCUUCUUCUGGAUCCUCGCAUGGCUCUGCAUCCACAGAGCUGGCCCUUCGCGCGCGCGGACCUUUGAACUGGGAAGUCCCGAUUUUUCCUCCUACGAAGCUCUCAAGAAAGCCGACUCCUGGUCGUACUAUCUAUACGACGUCUCUGAGGAACACUUGGAAUCUGCCGGCCGUUGGAAGCAAUGCGUGCUAGACAACUUUUUGCGGUUCGAGGACAUGGUCUCUUGCGUUCAUCCCUAUUUCCGUGGCAUCAUUACUGUCCUCAGACAGUUCCAUCGUGACCUUCACGUUCUGAUGUGGGCCGGGAACCGCACGCACGAGAACGCUGUGAUCGUAGGGAAUCGUAUCGUGGAAUAUAUUGGGAAGGUUCUCCUGCUACGUCGAACUCAAACGUGGGAUGAAGAGCCGGGGCGCGGCGGCGACGCGAUAUAUAACGAAGCUCGUCAGCGAGAGAUGGAGCGGCGUAGGGAGGAAGGAUGGUUUGGGAAAGGCGCAGAUCAAGGCGGCAGUGGAGGUGGUACAAAGACGGUUCAAUGA